GGUGAAGCUGAAGAAGGUUGGACUGCUUUGGAAACAUCACAUCCAUGCACCAACCCAACACUUGCGGAGCGUCCUUUCACUUGUUUCGGGAUCUACUUCGCCAGGGCUGGCUACUUCUUGCAUGCCCAUCAACUUGUACGGGAGCGCUUGGCAAUGGAGGAGUUUUAACUUUUAUGGUGACUUUUAUCGCUGUCUUUGCAACAUCUGAGUGGGGGGGUUUCAACGAGAAGGAGGCGGACCCCCGCAUACUCACUUAACCACUCAGUCACUCACUUACUCGCUGACUGCCGGUCUUUUGUAUACAGCAGCUGCGUGUACAUGCUCGACCACCGCCGCUCCAUGACGGACACCUUUCUGGACUUCCACGGGGAUGAAGCGGGCGUAGAAGAGGAAUAAACCAAACGUCCACAUUAUCUAAACUACUACCAAGCUCUGUUGUUUGUUUCUCCGAGGGUGCGCUUGGAUUGUAAGCCGAAAAAGCACCCCCAUUGCUCGGUGCGCUACAGCCGCGCGGACCCCCCUCUUCCCUCGCACAUCAUGGAUGUACGUUUUUAUCCCAAUGCCGGUGGAAAUUCUAUUCCAGGAGAGCCACCCAACCUGGAUUUCGCCCACUGUUUGGGCUACUACAACUUCAACAAGUUCCAAAACAACAACAACUACAUGAACAUGUCUGAAGCUAGCGGCGCCCUGCUGACUGCUGGCGACACAUUUCACACCCCAAGUCUAGGCGACGAGGAGUUUGAGAUCCCUCCGAUCACACCUCCACCUGAAAUGGAGUCAGGUCUUGGUCUAUCGGAUGGAGACUCACCUUUCCCGACAAUGCCAGAGCCUCCUGCCCAGCACAGGGGUUCUUUCAUCCCUCAGUUCCCUCCUCAGAGCCUGGAUCUGCCCUCCAUCACCAUCUCACGCAACAUGAUGGACCAGGAAGGGAUGACUCUCAGCAAUGGACAACCGCUGAACGUCGGACCGGGCCAUCUUCGCCAGUACACAGCAAACCCGGCCAUGCUGAUGAAGUCCAUUGCCAACAUGAGCAGCCCCAACGGGAUGAUCUCUCGGAGUCAGCUGACCACCAUCAAUCAGUCGCAUCUCAACGCGCAGCUCAACCUGAGCAUGGGCGGACACAACAUCGCCCACACUUCGCCGUCGCCACCGGCCAGCAAGUCGGCCACACCUUCUCCCUCCAGCUCCAUCAACGAAGACGACCAGGAGGACAGCCACAGGGUGGUCGGUGAAAAGCGACCAGCGCCCGUAGAUCCCACGAAAAAGCCCAAGACUCCCAAAAAGAAGAAGAAGAAAGAUCCAAACGAGCCCCAGAAGCCGGUGUCGGCUUACGCGCUGUUCUUCCGAGACACGCAGGCCGCCAUCAAGGGCCAGAACCCCAACGCCACCUUUGGGGAAGUGUCCAAGAUCGUGGCGUCCAUGUGGGAUGGUCUCGGGGAGGAGCAGAAGCAGGUGUAUAAAAGCAAAACGGAAGCAGCCAAGAAAGAAUAUUUGAAGGCCCUGGCAGCGUAUCGUGCUAGCCUGGUUUCCAAGGCGGCGGCGGAAUCAGCAGAGGCGCAGACGAUUCGAUCCGUGCAGCAGACCCUGGCCUCCACCAGCCUCUCCCCAGGCCUGGUGCUGCCCUCGCCCCUCAACCAGCACCCCUCCAUGCCCUCAGCUUCCCAGGCUCUCCAACAAGCUCUCCCCAGGGCCAUCGCCCCCAAACCCUUACAGAUGAGACUAGGGGGCAGCCAGAUAGUCACCUCGGUCACCGUUUCCCACCAGAACAUGCCCACCGGGAUGCCGCCGCAGAUGCUCGGCCAGAUGGGCGGGUCCAUGGUGGCGGGGGCUCAGUCGACGGCAGUGUCGCAGAUGAGCCCGCCCAUGCAGCAGCAGCAGCAGCAGCAUGCCAUGCAGCAUCAGAUGCACCUCCAGCACCAUCAGAUGCAGCAGCAGCAGAUGCAUCACCAGCAGAUCCAGCAGCAGAUGCAGCAUCAGCACUUCCAGCAUCACCUCCAGCAGCAGCUGCAGCAGCACCACAUGCAGCAGCAGCAGCAGCAGCAGCAGAUGCAAAUGCAGCACAUGCAGAUGCAGCAUCACAUGCAUCAGCAGCAAAUCCAACAUCUCCAGCAAUCCCAGUGUUCCCCACCGCAGCACUCCCCCGGUACGCCCCAUUCCGCCGCGUCGCUCGGAAGCCCCCAGCCGGCCCCCCAGCAGCAGCAGCAGCAGCAUCAGCAGCAGCAGCACCCCUCCCAGAUCCAGGCCCACGCCCAGGUCCUCUCGCAAGUCAGCAUUUUCUGAGCCAAAAUCCUUCGUCAAAGAACAGUAACAUUUUUUUAAAAAGCAGCAUUUCCAGGUUGCUUUUUCCAACGUUGCACUUAAGAAGUGUGUCAGAAUGUUAUACAAAGAACUCCGAGUGUCCAUUGUUCUAGACGGAUAUGUACAGAGGGGUGGGGGUUCGUCCGAGCGAGGACGCUGUUUACUUACGUAAUUGUGACGUCUUUCAGUUGUCAACGGAAGCUGAUCGCCACGUAUCUGUCGAUGUUUUAUUUAACGAUAAAGCUUUAUUUAAAAAAGAAACAAAAAAAGCACGGACUUUAACUGGACGGAUGGACGAGUCAUCGAGUGACGUUCAAAGACGAAGACGAAUCAUUGUGAAUCAUUUACGUCACCACGUCGUCACAAGUGUAGCUGUAAUCUGCUGUACCUGUUUUGUAGAGGCGGGGCUCGCUGCGCCGACCGCACAUGUCCUCUUUCAACCAUUCAAUUAUGUUUUUUGUCUAACAAAGCUGGGGCGGGGGGGAAUAUUUUAUGGUUCAUUUCUCAAGACAAACGCUUUGGAAAGUCGUGUAUUUUUAGCGCAAAAAAAAAUAAAAAUUCAAAUAAUAAUAAUAAUAAUAAUAAUAAAGCAGAGCCAAGUCUGCUGCACUGCCAAAGCCAACUAAAACAAAGAAAAAAGAAAAAAAGAGGCAUUGGAGGUAUUUUUUGCCAGCUGUACAGAAGUAACCCAAAAGAAAGGAGGGUAAAAAAAAAGAAAUGUUGUACAUUUUUCAUAUCACUUGUUGUAAAGUUUUAAUAUGUGAGGCUUUAAUGAAAACAUAGUUAAAAACAUGACCUGUGGAUUGCUAUAUAUAUCACAUAGUGCAUUUUCCUGCUCUUUUUCUACUUUUUUUAUGAGUUCCAAUAGCAACAAUCACGCUUUUCUUUGUAUCCAAGUCGCCAUACGGGAGUAGAGUCAGCAGCGACAUUCCACAUCACUAAUAUGACGGUAGCCAUAAUUUUGUAUGAAGUAUUAUAUAUUUCUGUGUGUUCAGAAUUAUUAAACUAUCAAUGGCAAAAUAUUUAUUAUUUCAAGGGAGACUUUUUUUUUUGUUGGUUUCGGAAGUUAUUCCGCCUUUUAUCUUAUUGUUAGCUACUGAAAAUAAACACACUGAUGAACGUGAACGCAGCCAAGUUCUUCAUUCAUUCAUGCGUUUCCUACGGAGACCUUUGCUGUCAUCUACAACGCAAAGCUAACAUGGAUGCCGAGAAAUUGGGUUCAGUUUCGAUGUUGUUUACACUGAACGGCAAGAAAAGACAAGCGGGAAAAAUGUCAGCUUUUACAAAACGUGUGAAGAAGCAGCAAGCAAGAACGUUGUCCAAACAACAGCGUUCACCGGGGGGUGGGCGAUACUGUAAAUGUUGGUGUCGAUCCGAUACCGAGUAACACCGCUGUAUUGCUGAUACUGAUGCUUUUUACUUGAAAAUGUUUAAUAUCAUCGUAUGAGCGAGUAUCAGGGCCACAUUGAAGCACAUAAUAAUCUGAGAUUUUGAGAAUAAAGUUAGCACGUCUAGCGCUUCUCAUUUCCGCGAUGGCAGAUAAUAUUACGACUUUAUUCUCGUGAAUUUACGACUUUAUUACCAGAAAAUUCUGAGAAAAAAGUUGUAAAUUUACGAGAAAAAAAGUCAUAAAAUUACGAGAGUAGAGUCGUAAAUUUCAUAGAAUAAAGUAAAUUUCCAAGAAAAAAGUAGUAAAUUCACGAGAAAAAAGUCGUACAUUUAUGAGAAAAAAAAGACAAAAAUCGUAAAUUUAGGACUUUUUUCUCAAAAUUUACAAAUUCUAGGUCGUAAACGACUUUUUUUCUCAUAAAUUUACGACUUUAUUCUCAAAAAAAUGUUGUACAUUUAAGAGGAAAAAGUCGUAAUAUUAUAUAAAUUCGUACAUUCAUGAGGAUAAACUCGUAAAUUUGCGAUAAAAAAAGCCGGAAUAUUAGGAGAAUAACAUAAAUUUACGAGAAUACAAGUUGUAAAUUCACGAGAAUAAAGUUGGAAAUUUAUGAGAAAAACUCGUGAAUUUACGUCUUGUAUUCUCGUGAAUACAUUACUAUUUCGUUGAAGAGAGUUUGUUGAAAAAGAAAAGUCAUAUAUUCUAAAUCGCACCCCAAAUGGAUCUAUAACCAUGUCAAAUGAUUAGUCCUAGCCGAAAAGUAUUUUGCACGCCCAUUUUUUCCAACUUCAUCUUUUAUUGGAUGGACUUUUAUUGGAUGAGGGAGCUGACUCACAGAGGUUUGUCACAAAGCUGAACGAUAUUGUUGGUCAUGCUGUGGAACAAAAAAAGUAAUUCAGCAACGCUUUGGUUGCAUUCUUUUUAAUUCAUGUUAAUUCAUUCUAAUUCAUGUUUGUAACAAAAGGCACGAAUGUGGAUGGGGACAUCCCACGUGCAAACGGCGCUGACGUGCAUCUUGUAAGGCAGUAACCGUAGUGUCCUGGUUUGAGUCCUUGCUCCGACUAGCUGUUGGGCAUUAGUGAGUGUGAGUGCCAUGCAAUGCUGAAGAUGCUCCUUGAUGCAUACUUACAGCUUUUCUCUUGAGGUAUGUUUCAAGUUAGCUAUGCUUGAUGACUGAAAACGCGGUGUUACGCAUGCCAAGCCACUAGUUGGCGACGAGGUUCUAUCCAGAAACACUCCCUGCAUGCUUAGCACCCGCUUAUCCUUCCGGGUCUCAUCCAUGAGUGUCUUCAUCAGUAAACAGGUGAGUGUUUAUUGCGUUUUUGCUGGAUAAGGCUACAGCAUAUUAGCGCAAAUGCUACAACAGCACUGUGGUCCUCUGUUCUUCUUGUAGUCGUGAUGCUAACAUGCAUUUAGACAGAACACACAACCAAACACUGUGAUCACACAACAGCAAAUCAGUCACAUGGUCAGCAUGUUAACGCUACUUGUCUUAAUCAUAAUAAAACACUCAUCCUCCUCUUCUUCCCUAGAAAUGCAUCAGCCCUCUUCUUACUGCCUUCAAAAUAGCUUCAUUUCCAAGAUGUCCCCAAGGCUUGGAGGAGGGGGCUCGCUUGGAUAAUGCAGCGAAUGGGGGUGGGAAGGCAGGCAAACAAUAAUUAUCAUAUCUUCACAAUAGGCUGCCCAGAAAGGGCCUGUUUUUUGGUGUUUUUUUACUUCUUUCAAUGCAGCUGAGACUAUUUAAACAGCGACUACUGUUGGACGAAUUGGUUCCGUUUGUUUUCAGUGCGUUUGCAUUGGGAAUGCAAUUCAAUUCUUUCGCAGUGAUUGAUUGAUUGAUUUAUUUUGCAACAUCCGUCCCACCAGUGGAUAUAUUACUCGAAAAGGCUUGUGUUUCAUUCAAAUUGUUUACUGAACAAAAUAAACACAAAAAAUAUCCAUCCAUCCAUCCAUCCAUUUUCUAUACCGCUUGUGCGACGGGGGCAUGCUGGAGCCUAUCCCAGCUGACUUUGGGCGACAGGCGGGGUACACCCUGGACUGGUCCAAAAAAAUAUAUAAUGCAAAUAUUAAAUAAUCAUAUACAUACAAUUAUAAAAGUCAUUUGUAUUAUUCAUGAAAAAUACAUUGAGAAAUAUACGGCAAGACAAAUAAUUAUAUAUGAUGAGUAUUAUUCUAAAAUUCAUUUGCAUAUGUAACAUAAUUUAUGAAAAAUAUUUGAUUAAUUGUGAGGAUAUUGUUUGAAAAUGCCUUUGUAGAAUGCAAAGGUCAUAAAGGAGGUAAUUAUAUAAUAUAAAUGCACAUUAUAAUGAAACUUACAAUUUAGUUUUAAAAAAUACAUUUAAAAAUAUAUCACAAUAAAAAGACUAAAUCAAUAAUUAUGUAAUAUCAUUGCUUGUUAUUAUAAAAUGAAUUUGCAGGUAUGGAAAAAAUAUGUGAUUUAUUGUGACGGCAUUAUUAUAAAAUACCUUUGUGUAAAUCAAAUUGUUUAUUGCAAAAAAUUAUAAUAUGAAGAGUAAAUCAUCAUAAUAUAAUUGCAUAUUAUAAAAAUAAUUCAAAUAAGGAAACGUGUCCAUGAAAAGAAUGAAUACAAAAUAUAGCAUAUAAUGUAAUAUAUAUAACUGUAAAUAAUAGUUAUAAAUACAGCUUAUAAAUAUCACAAAAUACCCAUGGAAUAUACUUCAUAUGAUUGUAAAAUGUAAGUGAAUGCAUUUAAAUAUGCAAGUAAGCACAUAUACUGUAUAAUAGAAGAGAAUAUGAUGUACAAGUCAUAUUAUUCAUGAAAGAAUGUGUGAAUAAUUGCAAGACGCGUCCUCGCUUGGCAGCAAGCAAACAAGCAAAUAAGCAAACAAGCAAAUAAGCGUCAGCAGCAGCACUCUUUAAAGUCCUUAUGAUGAGGUGAAAAUUAAAAGCGGCGAUUGGCAUCCAUGAGUUGAAUGUCAAUGCAAGGCAGAGAGAGAGAGAGUAUAAGAGGCUUCGGUGUCCAUGACAACCAAACACACGCUUUAAAAACACCCCAUAAUGAGCCUCGGGGAAAUGGCUGUUAUUAUUCUGAACAGCUUCGCAGCCCAGCGCAUUAAUAAUGCAUGGAGCUCCUUGUUAUUCCAUAAGCCCUCAUCGUGCUGUGGUCACCGCUUGGACAAAUAUCUCACAGCGAGCCGUGAUACCAAAAAAAAAAAAAAAAAAAAAGGUUAACGCUAUUUUCAAAACGUGACACACGUCAUUUGGUUGCACGAUAAAUUUACAGGACUUGGAUUUCUCCCGCUUGAUUCGUAUUUGUUCGUUGUGAUGCAAACACCCGCCAAGCCGGUGGCCAUCUUCUAUCUGGAAAUAAACACCUGACCUCAAAUAAAUGCCUCCUGUGACGCCUGAUGCCACCAUGUGGGAGACACUUUUACCUAAUUUAACAGUGCUGCUAAAAAAAAGUAUAAUAUUCAUAAAAAAUAAUGAUGAUGAUUUGUAUUAGUUUAUUUUUAUGUGCACUGGCCGUAAAAACUAAAUUGUGACGUAUUCGAUCGGCCCAUUUUUCUCAUGAUUAUAUUGGUAAAUGAUCACAAUAUAUUGGCUUAUUAACAUAACACAAUUUAGAACAGAUAUUACAUAAAUAUACAAUAUUUUAUCAUAUACAUUGUGGCAUUUUUAAAAUUAUUAUUGCCAUGAAGUAUCAUUUUUUUGGGGGCAAAAAUUUGGAUGUGUAUCUUUAUUGUUCAUGUAUUUUAUUUUUUAUUCCCACAAAUAGUGUUUCUCACGCAAGCUCGUAUACUGUACUUAUAAUUCCAUAUAUAGCCACAUAUUUCUAUAUAAUAUAUUAAAAAUGCAUUCGUAUAUUCUGUAUUAAUACAGGAUAAUAUGUAAAUAUAUUAUUAUUAUUAUUAUUAUUAUUAUUCAAAUGCAUUUGUACAAAAAAGAUCAUCUUGCUUCUAAGCAACUCAUUUAAAUCUUGAUAAAUUCAUUUUGUGAAAAUGCAAUUUAUUUCAUGGUAUUGGUAAAUAGUAGAAUAUACCAAUUAGAAUGAAUUAAUUUUCAAGAUAUCAUUCUAACAUGCCCGUGUAUAAUAUAAAGAUUAUAAAGAUAAAAAAUAUAUA